AUGGUAGCCUAUGGAUACUCGAAGAACAAACAAGCUAGGAUACAAACAACCACGCAAGAUAUGUCCAGUAAGAAGAGGGAAUUCAAAUCAUUUGGUACCACUGAGAAAACGACACUAUCCAACUCCCCUCGUAAGAGUCAAACGCUCACUGAAAUCUAUGGUGAACCGGAGAAUUUCCUAGAGAUUGAAGUUAGACACCCGAUAACACAUAAUGCCACUUUAGCAGAUAUGAGACAAGGUCUUGGGAACAAUCCCGGGAACAAUUCUAAUGGGGAAAGGAAUAUGUUUACAGAUUAUGAAAUCUUUUGUCAUACCAAUUUACCUAAUUUUAAGAAACGGUCCUCGAAGGUGAGGAGAAGGUAUUCUGAUUUCGAAUUCUUUAAGAAAUGUCUCAUUAAGGAAAUAACGAUGUUACAUAACCAUCCUAGAAUUAUGGUACCUCAUUUACCAGGGAAAGUGUUUUUCAGUAAUCGAUUUAAUGACGACGUUAUUGAAGAAAGAAGACAAGGUUUAAAUAAAUGGAUGAAAACCGUUGCAGGUCAUCCAUUAUUACAAUCAGGUUCACAAGUAUUAGUUAGAUUUAUACAAGAUGAGAAGUUCGUUGGUUAA